GUGGCAUUUUUGAAACUCUUGAAAAUGAGCCUAUUAGUGUUGAAGAACUGGCCUUUAAAUUUGCUGUGACCAACAUAAACAGGAACCGGACCUUAAUGCCAAACACCACGCUGACCUAUGACAUCCAGAGAAUAAAUCUAUUUGACAGUUUUGAAGCCUCCAGAAGAGCAUGUGACCAGUUGGCCCUGGGCGUGGGGGCUGUGUUUGGGCCCUCUCACAGCUCCUCUGUCAGUGCAGUGCAGUCCAUUUGUAACGCCCUGGAAGUCCCUCACAUCCAGACACGCUGGAAACACCCCUCAGUGGACAACAAAGAUAGCUUCUACAUUAACCUCCAUCCGGAAUAUGCCUUGAUAAGCAGAGCUGUGUUGGACAUAGUGCAGUUCUACAAGUGGAAAGCCGUCACUGUGGUUUAUGAAGAUGCAACCGGACUGAUUCGUUUGCAAGAGUUGAUCAAAGCUCCGUCCAGAUACAGCAUUAAAAUCAAGAUCCGACAGCUUCCUUCAGGAAGCAAAGAUGCCCGGCCGCUGCUGAAGGAGAUGAAGAAAGGGAAGGAGUUCUUUGUCAUCUUUGACUGCUCGUACCAAACGUCAGCAGAUGUUCUAAAGCAGAUUCUGUCCAUGGGGAUGAUGACAGAGUAUUAUCACUACUUCUUCACCACACUGGACCUGUUCGCCCUCGACCUGGAGCCGUACCGCUACAGCGGGGUCAACAUGACGGGGUUUCGGCUGCUCAACGUGGACAAUCCUAAAGUGGCUUCGGUGUUGGAGAGGUGGGCCAUGGAGCGACUGCAGGCUCCCACCAAAGUGGAGACUGGGAUGACGGAGGGAAUGAUGACAACGGAAUCGGCUCUGAUGUACGACGCUGUUUACAUGGUGGCCGCGGCCUCGCAGCGCACCUCCCAAAUCACCGUCAGCUCCCUCCAGUGCCACCGGCACAAACCGUGGCGCUUCGGGUCCCGCUUCAUGAACCUGCUCAAAGAUACACAAUGGGACGGUUUGACAGGACAAAUAAUUAUAAACAAGACGGAUGGUCUGCGGAAAGAAUUUGAUUUAGAUGUCAUCAGUCUGAAGGAGGACGGCUUGGAGAAGUCAAUGACGGGCAACCGCUUGAAUAAAGUGUGGAAAAAGAUUGGUAUCUGGAACUCCCAGAUGGGCCUUAAUUUAACAGAAACCACCAAGGACUCUUCCACAAAUAUUACCGACUCAAUGGCCAACAGAACCCUUAUUGUCACUACUAUUCUGGAAAAUCCUUAUGUCAUGUAUAAAAAAUCCGAUAAGCCACUAUAUGGGAAUGACCGCUUUGAGGGUUACUGCCUAGACCUGCUCAAAGAGCUCUCCAAUAUUUUGGGCUUCUCCUAUGAAGUAAAGCUGGUGUCAGAUGGCAAAUAUGGCGCUCAGAAUGACAAGGGGGAGUGGAACGGCAUGGUUCGGGAACUCAUAGAUCAUGUGGCUGACCUCGCUGUGGCCCCUCUCACCAUCACAUAUGUCAGAGAAAAGGUGAUCGAUUUUUCCAAGCCCUUCAUGACGCUAGGAAUCAGCAUCCUGUACCACAAACCUAACGGCACCAAUCCAGGAGUGUUCUCCUUUCUGAACCCGCUCUCUCCUGAUAUCUGGAUGUAUGUGUUGCUGGCAUGCCUUGGUGUCAGCUGUGUGCUGUUUGUCAUUGCCAGGUUUACUCCAUAUGAGUGGUACAACCCUCACCCCUGUAAUCCAGACUCAGAUGUGGUUGAAAACAACUUCACUCUAAUUAACAGUGUCUGGUUUGGAGUUGGAGCCCUUAUGCAGCAAGGCUCUGAACUCAUGCCUAAGGCUCUUUCAACAAGGAUAGUUGGAGGAAUAUGGUGGUUUUUUACACUAAUUAUUAUCUCCUCAUACACUGCCAAUUUGGCUGCCUUCCUCACUGUGGAGAGAAUGGACUCACCGAUUGAUUCUGCAGACGACUUGGCCAAACAAACAAAAAUUGAAUAUGGGGCUGUAAGAGAUGGCUCCACCAUGACAUUUUUUAAGAAAUCUAAGAUCUCAACAUAUGAGAAAAUGUGGGCGUUUAUGAGCAGCAGGAAAAACACGGCUUUGGUGAAAAACAACCGAGAGGGGAUUCAGAGGGUCCUCACCACAGAUUACGCUCUUCUGAUGGAGUCCACCAGCAUCGAGUACAUCAGCCAGCGCAACUGCAACCUCACACAGAUUGGAGGCUUGAUAGAUUCCAAGGGCUACGGUGUGGGAACCCCAAUUGGCUCCCCAUACAGGGACAAGGUCACCAUUGCUAUCUUGCAACUUCAGGAAGAAGGGAAGCUGCACAUGAUGAAGGAGAAAUGGUGGCGGGGGAACGGCUGUCCAGAAGAGGACAGCAAGGAGGCCAGUGCUUUGGGUGUGGAGAACAUCGGGGGAAUCUUUAUUGUGUUGGCAGCCGGACUCGUCCUCUCAGUUUUUGUCGCAAUUGGAGAGUUUAUUUACAAAUCCAGGAAAAACUUGGACAUUGAGGAGGUGAGUGUUGGCCAGUGCGAGUGGCACAACAAGUAUUAAUAAAUGGGGGACUUUUUCAAAGACUUUAUUGCACCUACUACACAUUUGUGUUGUCGUCGUCUUUACAGGACUACACUAAUCAGAGGGCCAGUAAGCAUUUGAAAUCUGAUUAAACUUAGAUCUUUAAAACUGCAUUGUUACAAUCAAAAUGGAAGUUUUUAAAAUAUAUAUAUUUUUAGUAGUAGAUUCUAUGUAUGUCUUGAUUGGAAGAUUACAUUAGAAUUCUUUUAUUUCUGAUGACAAAUGAUUGCAGUUGUGAUACUUGACCAUUUUGGCCUUGCUGUUUUCUGUUUGUUUGUUUUUUCAAAAAAGGCAUUAUAACGUGUUGCAUGGGUGACGUUUUAUUGUUCUGCCAUUAUACUGUGGGUAAAUAAUGGUAAGUUGUAUCAUUUGUAGACAUGUUUGCCAUAUUAACUUCAAUAACUGCUGUGGGUUCGACAGGUUUUCCGUUUCAGAGUAACACCGCACAAAGACUUUGACAAAUUCAUUGCCAUUUAUUUCUAAAUUGUUUAUGAUUGAGUGUUCCCUCAAGAAUUUAUUUAUGAAAUGGGUUGUUUUUUUUUUGUCCAACAUGAAGUUUAUGAAUGUGCUUGUAUAAGUUUUGUUGAAAUUGUUACUGAAUGACUAAAAAUAUGUGAGAAUACAACAUUAAACCUUUGAAUUUUG